GCCGGGCGCACGCUCCGCCUCCGCCAGUCGGCUCGGCGGUCUAGUGCGCGGCGUGGAGCGGGAGCCCGGGCCGGACGCGCGGCCGGGGGCCGGGGCUGGGGGCUGGGUAGAUCGGCGCCAGCCACCGGGCAAGCCUGAGCCGCAAUGGCUGAGAUGGGCAGUAAGGGGGUGACGGCCGGGAAGAUCGCCAGCAACGUGCAGAAGAAGCUCACUCGCGCGCAGGAGAAGGUCCUCCAGAAACUGGGGAAGGCGGAUGAGACAAAGGAUGAGCAGUUUGAACAGUGCGUCCAGAAUUUCAACAAGCAGCUGACCGAGGGCACCCGGCUGCAGAAGGAUCUCCGGACCUACCUGGCCUCGGUCAAAGCCAUGCAUGAGGCCUCCAAGAAGCUGAACGAGUGUCUGCAGGAGGUGUACGAGCCUGACUGGCCUGGCAGGGAUGAAGCGAACAAGAUCGCUGAGAACAAUGACCUGCUCUGGGUGGAUUACCACCAGAAGCUGGUGGACCAGGCGCUGCUGACUAUGGACACGUACCUGGGCCAGUUCCCUGACAUCAAGUCACGCAUCGCCAAGCGUGGGCGGAAGCUGGUUGACUACGACAGUGCCCGGCACCAUUACGAGUCCCUCCAAACCGCCAAGAAGAAGGAUGAAGCCAAAAUUGCUAAGCCUGUCUCGCUGCUUGAGAAAGCCGCCCCCCAGUGGUGCCAAGGCAAACUGCAGGCUCAUCUCGUAGCUCAAACUAACCUGCUCCGAAAUCAGGCCGAGGAGGAGCUCGUCAAAGCCCAGAAGGUGUUUGAGGAGAUGAAUGUGGAUCUGCAGGAGGAGCUGCCGUCCCUGUGGAACAGCCGUGUGGGUUUCUAUGUCAACACAUUUCAGAGCAUCGCAGGCCUGGAGGAGAACUUCCACAAGGAGAUGAGUAAGCUCAACCAGAACCUCAACGAUGUGCUGGUCAGCCUGGAGAAGCAGCACGGGAGCAACACCUUCACGAUCAAGGCCCAGCCCAGUGACAACGCCCCUGCGAAAGGGAACAAGAGCCCCUCUCCUCCGCCUGAUGGCUCCCCUGCCGCCACCCCCGAGAUCAGAGUCAACCACGAGCCGGAGCCGGCUGCUGCGGCCACCCCCGGGGCCGCCCUCCCCAAAUCCCCGUCUCAGCUCCGGAAAGGCCCACCGGUCCCUCCGCCUCCCAAACACACCCCGUGCACGGAGGUCAAGCAGCAGCAGACCCUCAGCCUGUUUGAGGACACAACUGUCCCUGAGAUCAGCGUGACCACCCCCUCCCAGUUUGAGGCCCCGGGGCCUUUCUCGGAGCAGGCCAGUCUGCUGGACCUGGACUUUGACCCCCUCCCACCCGUGGCAAGCCCUGUGAAGGCGCCCACGCCCUCUGGUCAGUCAAUUCCGUGGGACCUCUGGGAGCCCACAGAGAGUCCAGCUGGCAGCCUGCCUUCCAGGGAGCCCAGCGCUGCCGAGGGCACCUUUGCCGUGGCCUGGCCCAGCCAGACGGCCGAGCCGGGGCCUGCCCAACCAGCAGAGGCCUCGGAGGUGACGUGUGGGACCCACCCUGCGGCUGGAGCCCAGGAGCCCGGGGAGACGGCAGCAAGUGAAGCAGCCUCCAGCUCUCUCCCCGCGCUGGUGGUGGAGACCUUCUCGGCAGCUGUGAACGGCACUGUGGAGGGCGGCAGCGGGGCAGGGCGCCUGGACCUGCCCCCGGGGUUCAUGUUCAAGGUGCAGGCCCAGCACGACUACACGGCCACUGACACGGACGAGCUGCAGCUCAAAGCUGGGGACGUGGUGCUGGUGAUCCCCUUCCAGAACCCAGAGGAGCAGGAUGAAGGCUGGCUCAUGGGUGUGAAGGAGAGCGACUGGAACCUGCACAAGGAACUGGAGAAGUGCCGGGGCGUCUUCCCGGAGAACUUCACCGCGAGGGUGCAGUGAGAGCAGCAGAGCGGCUGGUGGUGCUGCGGAUGCGUGAACAGCAGCACCUUUUCCCGAAAAAUGUGUGUUUCUUUUUUUUUUUUUUCCGUUUUUGUUUUUAAACUUUUGAAAAGCAAAGGGAAAUUGAGGGGAGAGACCUAAGCCAGGAGGUGUCUUCCCAAAGAUGAGGUGGUUUUCCAAAGAGCCUGGUUUCGGCGGGUCCGGCGGAAUCGCCAGUGUUCCUGAAGCUGCUGUAUCCCCUAGUUGAGUUCCCGGCCGCCUCUCCCGCUCGCGCCCGCUGGGUGGCGCCACUGCCGCCGCCUGGGUGCCCGGCCGCGGGGCGGGUCCUGGGGGCCGCCGCGCACCGCGCUUGCCUGAAGCUUGGGCCGGCCGCCCGGGCCGGGGCCCUCCUUUCCUGGCAGCUGCCGCGGGUGGCGUCCAGCGUCCCCUGAGACCUCGGGCCCAGACACCAGCCUGGCCUGGCCCUGCCCCGCAGACGUAUGUGUGCUGUUUGAAAAUAAAUCUUAGUGUUCAAAACAAAAUGAAACAAACAAAAAUGACAAAAGUA